AUGGUGCUGAAGGAGCUUCCCGGUAAAAAGGCGUCCUCUGAAGGAAACCCCCUCCUCACCGUGACAACCAAGCUGGUCGGGGAGCAGCAGGAGAGUCGGCCCCUGCUGAGCCCCUCCAUCGAUGACUUCCUGUUGGAGAGUCGCAGCGACACCUCGUCAGUCCGACCAAUCAGCUCCAACACAGCAGUUCUGUCCACAGCACUGGACCUGGUGGACCUCAGCGAGCCCAGCGCCGGGGGCAGCGCCGGGGGCAGCCGGAGGAGGAGCCCUCUGAGGAGGAAGGGCAGCUCCAAGAGUCCUCGACACCGAGCGAGAGCCGACGAGACGGAGCUGAUCCAGGUGGAGGUGGAACACCUGCCGAGUCCCAGAACACCUGAGAGGGUCUCGCUGGACUCAGUCAGUCUGUCGUCUCCUCUGGACAAAUGGGACGAGGUGAACCUGGACGUGGAGGACGGCGUUCGCAGGAGGAGAUACGAGAAGAGAUGCACGUCCCAUCACUCAUCCAGCGAGCUGCUGUGGUAAACACACUUCACUCCAGAUCCUAUGAAGGAAGCUGCUGCUGCUGACCUCUCUGUGUUUCAGGACUGUGGGGCGUCCAGACAGCGCCGCCGGACUCGAUCUCUGCUGGCCAGAAACGAAUCUCUGGAGGACGAGUUUGUCAGAGCGAAGGCUGCUGUGGAGUCGGACACAGAGUUCUGGGAUAAGAUGCAGGCCGAGUGGGAGGAGCUCGCUCGGAGGAACUGGCUGGAGGAUUCGGAGGACCAGCGUCCGAUCCCGCCCACCGUCUCACCUGCUGAGAAGGGUUACUACUUCAACACCAACAACCCGUACAGAGACUGGCCCAACGCCUUCGCUGAAGGCCAGGAGAAAGCUCGAGAGGGAGACCUGAACGCUGCCGUGCUGCUGCUGGAGGCCGCCAUCUUACAAGACCCGCAGGACUCGGAGUUAUGCAACACAGCAUUUGGUAUUACAGGCAGUGACAUCUGA